AAGGCCCGCUUGCAACAUCACGGGUGUGAGCGGGUCUUAACGAAUUCGGCGCGUACACAAAAUAAUACGCAAAAAUUCUUUAAAAGUGCAGUGUUGUGUCUGUGGUGUGGUGUGUCAGUGUAUAAAUAAAUAAUAAUUAAUAAUGGAAUGACGAAAGUCAAAGGAGUGAGGUGAUCACGUAUUGUUAUUUUACUAUAAGAAACAGUGACAGUGCCUUCCAGUGCAACCCAAGGAUUUUAAUUUUCAAUUGUUUUUGAAAAUAGAACGUGGUGUCGUCUAACAACUUCGAAAAUUUUCAAAUUUAAAUCUUGUGUUCCACAUUUUUUUGUGUUCUCUAAAUAUUGAUAAAGAGAUAUAACCAGUAGAAUAAGGGAACAAGUGAAUAAUUACAAUAAAUAUAAUAGUGCCUUACUUAGAUGUUUAUUUAAGACGAACGGAAGAAAACAAAACAUAAUCACGGAGACAAAAUGCCAAAAAAUUUGUUGCUCUUCAAAAAGUUAAUACCUGAAUUAAACUUCGCAAAAAGAAAUCUUACAUCCCCGCUUGGCCGGAAUAUAUUUAUCAGUUAAACCCAAAAACCUGGUGCUUAAAUAUCAACAAAGUUGAAGAAACAAUAAAAAAAGGGAGUGCCAUAGUUUUUUCGAAGAAAAAUUACUAAUGGUGUAACGAACACAAAAAAAACCUACAAAAUCAAAACAGUUGCCUUACCGACAAAGUCGAACAAAAAACAUUUAAAAAGAGAAGUAUUUUGAACAUUCGAUUGGAACACCAACGUCUAGUGAUAGUGGUUUGGACCGCAAUGCGAAUCCGAUUCGCGCGAACACAAAAUCACAGCCCGAAAGGAACUUAGAAGUAUUUUUUUUGAGAGGUCAAGAAAAGGCGGCAAAACGGCGGACAAAAAUUCAAAGAUCUUUGAAAUCAUGAACAGCAACCAGUUUCAUGAUUUGUUUGGGUCGCAGUGGCCUCCAGAUCAACACGGAGGUCACUCGUCGGCUUCCACCAUGCUGCACCAAUCCCAGGGACUGCCACAAGGCAUGCAGUUGAAGAGAGAGCCCCAUACUGAUGGCCAGCAGGUCAUGCACAACCAAAUGCCCAUGGACAUCACUUCAGGGUCUGUGGCAGACAGCACAUCACCUCCGCCCGGUGGAAACGAAGGGAUGUAUGGAUCAUCUAUGCCUGGAAUGUACAUGGAUAAGAAAGGACCUAACUCCAUACGAGCUCAAAUCGAAAUAAUACCAUGCAAGGUGUGUGGAGACAAGUCGUCAGGAGUCCACUAUGGAGUGAUCACCUGCGAGGGAUGCAAGGGAUUCUUCAGAAGAUCACAAAGCACAGUUGUGAACUACCAGUGCCCGCGAAACAAAGCGUGCGUGGUUGAUAGAGUGAACCGAAACCGCUGCCAAUACUGCAGACUACAGAAGUGCUUGAAACUCGGAAUGAGUCGAGAUGCGGUGAAGUUUGGACGUAUGUCGAAAAAGCAACGCGAGAAAGUGGAAGAUGAGGUGCGAUUCCAUCGUGCACAGAUGAGAGCGCAGACUGAUACAGCGCCUGAUUCAGUUUAUGAUGCCCAGCAACAGACACCAAGCUCAAGCGACCAGUUCCAUGGUCACUACAACGGGUACCCAGGCUACGGGUCUCCCCUAUCAUCAUACGGGUACAACAACCCACAGCCACUCCAGUCCAACAUGGGUGGAAUCCAGCCCCAGCCCACCCAACAACAGCCCUACGAUGUAUCAGCUGACUACGUCGACUCCACAACAGCAUACGAACCGAAACAAACUGGAAGUUUCCUGGACCAGGAUUUCAUCAGUCAUGACGAACAACAAAAAGGGACAACUAUAGUACGACCCACCGGUUCCACAUCUACGUCGACGGCGACCACAUCAACAACAUCAAUGCGACAAUCAACCAUUAACGAGAUACCACGAUCCAGACUCCAAGAAUACGAUCGCUAUGAGGAAUCCCGAAUCCAGUCCCCAGCAUCAAUUUCCAGCGGAGUGCUAAAUAUAAAACAAGAAAUAAAACCUGAAACGUCAAUGAGUGUCGACAGCUUGGUACCAAGUUAUGUGGAUUCCACGACAUUUUUACACAGUCCGUCGAACAUCCAACAUAGUCCAAUGGACAUCCAGAAUUCUGUGUUGGUCAGUGGACAUAAUUCUGUGUCGAUGACUAGCGAUGACUUGAGUCCUGAUGACUUGACGUCAAGUAGUGGGCAUGGGAGACUAAUGGACCCGCUUAACAUGAAUAUGUCUGGGAUGGGUAUGGUGAACCCUAAUGCCGUUUCCAGAAGAUCUCAAGGCGCCAGUCAUAGUACGAACGAUGAUAUGCCGUCGGAGGGCGAUAUAAGCAAGGUGCUGGUGAAGAGUUUGGCUGAAGCUCAUGCGAACACCAAUCCCAAAUUGGAGUACAUUCAUGAGAUGUUCAGAAAGCCACAGGAUGUGUCCAAGCUCCUUUACUUCAGCUCGAUGACAUACGAGGAGAUGUGGCUGGAUUGUGCAGACAAAUUGACUGGAAUGAUACAGAACAUCAUUGAGUUCGCCAAGUUAAUACCUGGCUUCAUGAAACUGACGCAAGAUGACCAGAUCCUCCUGUUGAAGUCUGGUUCAUUCGAGUUGGCCAUUGUGAGACUUUCUCGACUGAUAGACGUGAACCGUGACCAAGUAUUGUACGGAGAUGUAGUGCUGCCUAUCAGGGAGUGCGUGCAUGCACGUGAUCCCCGUGACGUGGCACUAGUGGUGGGUAUAUUUGAGGCGGCGAAGACUAUCGCGCGACUCAAGCUGACUGAGACUGAACUGGCGCUCUACCAGAGCCUUGUGCUUUUGUGGCCAGAGCGACACGGAGUCCGCGGUAACCCUGAGAUCCAGUGUCUGUUCAACAUGUCGAUGGCGGCUAUCCGGCACGAGAUCGAGUCCAACCAUGGACCCGUCAAGGGUGACGUCACAGUGCUAGACACACUGAUCAACAAAAUACCCAACUACAGAGAACUGGCGCUGAUGCACUUGGAGGCAUUGUGUCGUUUCAAGGCGGCGCACCCCCACCACGUGUUCCCAGCACUCUACAAAGAGCUGUUCUCACUGGACAGUGUCCUGGACUACACCCACGGCUAGGCCCACAAGGUCUACCCCCAGGUUUCUCUCAGAUUUCGUUAGAACGAUCUCAUUUUUGCCCAAUAUAGCUGGACGGUGGCAUUUUGAGACCUUUUCAAAGACUCUAGACAGCUUGACAGCUAUUUUUUUUAUUAAUUCCCACUGCAAAACUAAACGCAUAUAAAUAUUUGUUGAUAAUAUAUUUAUAAUUGUAUGUAUGUACCUUGAGACUGUUAAAAUAUUUACUUAAAAGUAUGUACGUACAAUAAUUAAAAAGGAGGUUUAUUUAAUUCGAUUCUAGUUACAUUUAAAUGCGUUUAGCUUUACAUUUAAUCUCAGAAUAUAUGAUUUUUUUUUUCAUUUGUUAUGAAAAAUUCUCUUAUUAUUUUAUUUUUCGUAACAAGAAUUAUAUUAUCUAGCGUUACACACAUAUUUGUGGUUUAUUUAAUGCAUAAUUAGACAUAGUGAAUGUUUGAUUGUGUAUUUGUAUACAAAGGAAUAUCGUAAUUUAAUUAUCGUAAAGUGUAUCUAACUCUGAAUGAAGAAAUAAUAAUAAUUAUUAUAUAAAGAUAUAAUAAUAGGGAUAGAGUUUUUAUUAAGGAAUAAAUAAAAAAGUUAUAAAAGUGUAGCAAGUUAAAGAUCACACGGUUUCAGCCGAACGGAACUUAUUUAAACAUAGGAUUCUUUUUUUAUUAAUUUUAACGGUUUUUUUAAAGAUGUAACUUGUUAUUUAUUUCAAAUGAUUAUUAAUUAUUAUUAUUAUUGAUGUUUUUUCGCCUCUGUAGAUUUUCGUUUUAAGUUGUAAUAUAGGAUACAUUAUACUGCCCGUUUUGUAUUUUUCGUUGUUUUUAUUUUGAAGUAAUAAAGUACAUAUUAUGGCGAAUAUGUUGAAGCGAUGGAAAAAUGCAAAUCAUAAUUAUAUUUAAUUUUAAGUCGAGUAACAGUCGUGCGUUGAACAAAAUUUUUUUAAUGAGAAAGCCCUUCAGGUGUUAUCAAAUUUUCUCGGACAAAAAAUCUUGUUUUUUUUUUUGUAAUAAUUAGCAGGCAAUUUUAAUUUUUUUCUUAGUUUUUUUUUUCAUUUUCUCGCGCGUAGACUUUAUUGAUCUCAUUUUUUGUUUCUUAAUCUUUGCUUAGGUGCCAUUUGGAGUUAUGUCACAUUUUUUGCAUAAUAAGACGAAUCAAUAACAAUUAAAACUUAAAAAAACUACAAUUGAAUGCAUAAUAAGAAUACCUGUUGUUGUUUAUCCGUUGAUACGUAAAUUUUAUUUUUACCAUUUUGUUUUUUUCUUUUUUUUUGUAUUUUUAGCUUUUUUGUGCAACUUAAAUACGUAUGAUAUAUAUAUUGAUUUAAUUUAAAUUGCCUGCUACUAAUAAUUAGGUAUAUGGAGUAACCGAACGUCAGUUUUCUAACACUAUACUAAGUUGUCGAAUAGCCUUUACUAUAGACUGGAUUAUAAUUAAUGUUAUAAAAAAAGUAUAAAUCUUAACUUGUAUUUUGUAAAUAGUUAUUAAUCAUAUGUAUUU